AUGAAGGAUCUUUAUGUCAUCAUAGGAGUUGAGAGAUCCGCAUCCUACGAUACGAUAAAAACAAAUUAUCAAGAGAAAGCGAAGCAGUUCCACCCGGACAAAGCCGCUGCGAAUACCGAUCCAAGUGUCUUCGUGAACGUCAACAAAGCCUGGAAGAUCCUUUGCAAACCGGAGCUCAGGAGGCGUUAUGACGCAGAACUCUACGAAUACGAAUCAACAAGGCAGUGGCCGGUGAAUGAAGAGAUCAGCCUCGGCGACUUCGAUAAAGAUUUUGCGGACGAAGAACCUUUCUACGUGCGGGACUGUCGCUGCGGUGGCCAGUACGUCCUGCCAGAGUGCGAGAGCAGGCAGCGCUCCUGUUUGGUGAUUUGCUGUGAUACCUGCAGUCUGAGUGUAAGAGUGUUUGUCACAAACUUGCUUGAUGAUGUUGAUGAGGAAGCUGUAUUGGAGGCUGUGAAACCACAAAAGUGCAGUGUCUAA